UGGACUGUCCAUAAAUACACACACUAUCCACAAAUUUACAGACAGCUCAUGUCCGUAAAUUUACGAGUAUCUGCAAAUUUACAGAUAUCAAAUAUCUGUAAAUAUACAGAUAAAAUGCACUGAGCGUGAAAAUCAUGUGACUAUCGCCAGAAAACGAAAAACCGCAAAGUGAAAACUUGUAAAUUGUUUCGUCGCACGUUUACAGACAUUGUGUGCAAGUUUGAAGUCUCAACGUUAGUUAUUUUCAAGCGCAGAGCAUCUGAAAAGCUGAGGUAAAUCUUUAAAUAAUGUGUUGUAACAUAUAAUAUUGUGUCAACAACGGUAUUUUCAUUUAUUUACCAUAUUUUCAUACAAAAACCAACACUUCCGAGUCAUAAGCGGCCAUUUUGGAAAAAUACAGACUGGUACAUUUCGCUGUUGUUCCGCGUUGCUGGGAAGCUUGUAACUUGUAAUUCUUUAUACAUGUAUAUGUAAAAAUGAAUUCGUAUUUAAUUUAUAAAAAAAACUAUUUUCUCAAUCAUUGUAAGGAAAAUAAAUGGUAUACUGAUAUAAAGCUGGGUCUCGUGUAUCAAAUGAUAAUUUUAUUUCGACUUUUACGUUAUGAAUUCGCAAAAGAAAGUAUUUAAAACUGCUCAAAAUCUUAAGCAUCACAAUUUCACUUUGCGAUGUUCUCUUUUUUGCAACGGGUAAAUGUUAUUUUCCUUCAUGAAAAUAUCGUAUUAUCUUCUCUAUGUAGGUCCAUUUGAAAAAUGCCGCCACCAAAGAGAUGUGGGUGUAUUUUUCACGAGGAUUCAUCUUCAAGUACGGCGGUGAACAUUAAAAAUUCAAAGAAGUAUAAAAAAGAUAUAAUAAUUUUUUUUCGUAAUGAAAAUUACAUGAGUUCUCAUUGCAAUUACUUGUGCAAUGGUUGCUAUGAGGAAGGCAUCCAUAAAUGGGAAAGCCACACUGCGUCAGUUGAAGAGCCUAGGCUUACGUUUAAUGAGUUUGUAAGCCAAAUAAGCAUUGGUGACAUGGACACUGACAAACUUUCAUCUGUAUCAAGUGCUUUAGGCUGUGUUUUCAAAAACAGGCUCAAUAACAUUGACAGUGAUAUUGAAAGUGGUACAUUACCCGAUUUUGAUACAGACAGAUACCUUACUAAAAUAGAUCCUGUGGUGAGGUCUUUCUUGCAAAACAUUUCUUCCACUUCAAUUAACAGAAGGGAUCUAAAGAUUUUGAAUGUUUACGAACACUUAGUGUUUUUAUCCAGUUAUACGUAUAUUGGAAUUUUUAACUUCUGUUUAAACUUGGUUUGCCAUUACUUGUCUGGGAGUAGAUCUUUAGUAGAAAUGCGUUCAAUGUACUCUCCAGCCGGCAGCUACAGUUAUGUUAUGAAUUUUUUGUCUAACUGUGCCACUAAAACAUGUAAACGUUAUACUGAGUCUGAAAAUGAUUGUAUAUAUUUUUUUGAUAACAAUCAAAUUCUCGCUCGUAAUUGGAACGUUAAAUACAAUUCAAAAGCCUUGGUUAGUGUCAUUACAACCUUGGUGUCAUUAGUACCCCCUUCGUUUACAAACUUACAACAAAAUCCGGUUCUCUCUCCUUAUAUUUGGCUUAAAAACGUUGAUGUACAAAAACCUGAGGCACAUAAUGACGAAAUGAAUAGUCUUUUCAGGCUCAGGAGAAAUAAUUUUAUACAACGUCUUUUUCCGGUAGUUUUGUCAGAUUUAUAUGGUGAUGUAAAAGAACCCGAAGUUAAACAAAGACGGGUUGUUUUUAAAGACAAUUUGCCACAAUUUUCUUGUGAUAAGCCGACAGACAACAGAUACGAUUCUGUACCUUCUUUAGUUAAAGGUUCUACAGACGUUAUUUUGUUAGACCCUGUAAUGGUCAAUCCAUGUUCUUUUGAUUCAUUACAGAUAGUACUUGACUCCAUUAUAGCCAGUUCUAAGAAGGAGUGGAUAAUCGUCGGUUGCGACGGAUUGCCUUUUAAUCUAUGUUCUCGUCUUAUCGAACGCACUUUUGUAUGUCCUGUUUGUCAUGAGAUCUUUAAAAGUGAAAGUGCGUUUAUUCAACAUGGCGAUAUCCACCCUUUUGAAAACAUGUAUCAUUGUAGAAAAUAUAAAAAUAUUUUGUUGAUACCUGGCUUAGGUCAUAUAGAAAUAAAUUUGACUAAAGCCAUUUUUAAAUUACUUUGGGAUGUUGCGCUCAAAAAGUUAGCAAUUAUGCUUGGAUGGCGUUCAUUGAAAGCUUUGUCCGCCUGUCAGUCCUGUACUGACCACCAUAAAGCGUGGCAAAUAUUACAGAUUUUUCUAUAUGGUACUGCAAAAGAAUUGUUAAAACCUUAUGUAAUACACACCGUUGCCCAAAAUAUGCAGCCAUGUGUAGAAGGUUUAUAUGAAUGGGUCAAUUCAACACCAGUUGGAGCCAAUUAUAAAUUCAUGUUUAAGGCUGUUUUCACUUAUGUGUUUGGAUUGGAUCUGUAUAGGACUGGUGUCCGAAGAGGGAACUUUGAUGUGUUUUACUGUGCAUGGCAUAAACUGUCUUCUCUCUAUUACGGCCUAAAUAUGACAGGCUACAUGGAACUGAAUUAUAGAUUUGAUAUAAUAAUGAAACAUGCGCCAGAUGAACUUUCCCAUUAUUUGAAAUCAAACAUGGCUCUAUCCCAGUCUGGAAAUGAAAACUGUGGUGAAGGUGGAGAUUUUAUACUAGAAAGUGUAAACAAAGCAGUUAAAUCCUGGAUGCCACCUGGAGUUCCUACUGAGGAAAGAUGGCUCCGCGUUUGCCGCAACUUAGGCGAAAUGGAAAAGAUGAAAGGAAAUAUAUUCAGCGGUUUUACAGAGGAUGCACAAAGACAGUCCUACCAUAGAAAACUACAAAAUGACAAAGAAAUAGAGUAUUGGCAGAGAAAAUUACGAGAAAAUAAUUAUUUCUCUGCGUCUGUUACUCUCACGGCUGUUGACGACAAAUUAAAACUUGAUAAUGAACUGUUUGGGUUUGAGGAGAAGUGCAAAGAUAAUAAAAGCAAGUAUUAUGCCCAGUACCCAAAUUCAAAGAAACUGGAAAGGGUAUUUAUCAGUUGUAAUGAGCGGGAAAAAUACUUCAACAUUGAGAACAAAACUAAGAAAGAGCUGCAGCAAAUGAUCGACGGAGUAUUAGAGUCAAUAAUUGACUGUGGUGGUGUAGAAGAGUAUGACACCCUGUCAGAACAAUGGAAGCGUGAAAAAAGAGGAACUCAGAAAGUUAUCAUUACGUUCUACAAGGAAGUUAUUCAAUGCUUGGAGGAUGUAUCGGGAAGACAAAGGGAAUAUGCUGCAAUCGACGCAGAUCAGCGUGAAUAAGAACCAGUCUGCAGUAGAAACCAAUAUGGCCGAACAGGAGCUGUGUGUGUUUACAUCAGUAUGAUUUUGGUAAUUUUAAUGCCAUUUUGGACUUUUUUUCCACCAUUAGGCAUAUGAUACAGUAUACAUACUUUAUUUUUACCUUGAAAUAUGUUUUCAUAACUAUCAUAUGUAUAAGAUAUAAAUUUCAUGUUAAAAGUUUACCUCUUUCGGUGUUUCUUCACUGUCGGACAUUUUGCGGAAAUGCCUUUUAUUGAAGUAAUUGUCAAAAACCCGUGUAAAUCGUGCGUAUAUCUACAAAUUUACGGACAUGAGCAGUCUGUAAAUUUGUGGAUAGUGUGUGUAUUUAUGGACAGUCCAUAAAAAUCAUGAAAUCCUAGACCU